AUGGCACAAAAGAAAUAUCUUCAAGCAAAAUUAACCCAGUUUUUAAGGGAAGACAGAAUUCAGCUUUGGAAACCUCCAUAUACAAAUGAAAAUAAAGAAGUUGGUUUGGCAUUGAAGGACCUUGCUAAGAAAUACUCUGACAAGCUAGAAUGUUGUGAACAUGAGGUAGAAAAAAUAAUAGAAGAAAUACGAUGCAAAGCAAUUGAACGUGGAACAGGAAAUGAAAAUUAUAAAACAACAGGAAUUGCUACAAUUGAGGUAUUUUUACCUCCAAGACUAAAAAAAGACAGGAAAAGCUUGUUGGAAACACGCUUGCAUAUCACCGGCAGGGAACUGAAGUCCAAAAUAGCUGAAACCUUUGGAUUUCAAGAAAAUUAUAUCAAAAUUGUCAUAAAUAAGAAACAGCUUCAACUAGGGAAAACACUGGAAGAGCAAGGAGUGACACACAAUGUGAAGGCUAUGGUGCUGGAACUAAAACAAUCCGAAGAGGAUGUGAGGAAAUACGUUCAGGUAGAAGAAGAAGAGCAAAAUGAAGCCAAACUAAAAGAAAAAAGAAUACAGAGGACUAAGAGAGGACUGGAAAUACUGGCCGAAAGAGCUGAAAUGGUGGUGGAUCCAGAAACUACCCCUUACUUAGACAUAGCCAACCAGACAGGCAGAUCAAUCACAAUUCCCCCCUCAGAGAGAAAAGCCCUUAUGUUAGCUAUGGGAUAUCAUGAGAAGGGCAGAGCUUUCCUGAAAAGAAAAGAAUAUGGAAUAGCAUUGCCAUGUCUGUUGGACGCUGACAGAUAUUUCUGUGAGUGCUGCAGAGAACUGCUGGACACAGUAGAUAACUAUGCAGUGCUCCAGCUGGAUAUAGUGUGGUGCUACUUCCGCUUGGAGCAACUGGAAUGCCUUGAUGAUGCAGAAAAAAAAUUAAACUUGGCCCAGAAAUGCUUUAAAAAUUGCUAUGGAGAAAAUCAUCAGAGACUGGUCCACAUAAAAGGAAAUUGUGGUAAAGAGAAAGUAUUGUUCUUAAGACUUUACUUGCUUCAAGGUAUCCGAAACUAUCACAGUGGAAAUGGUGAAGAGGCUUGCGAGUAUCUCAACAAGGCACGUCUGCUUUUUAAAGAGCUAUACAUCGAUCCAUCAAAAGUUCAUAAUUUGUUGCAACUGGGAUUUACAGCACAGGAAGCCCGGCUGGGCCUGAGGGCAUGUGAUGGGAAUGUGGAUCAUGCAGCCACUCAUAUCACCAACCGCAGAGAGGAAUUGGCCCAAAUAAAGAAAGAGGAAAAGGAGAAGAAAAGGCGCCGCCUGGAGAACAUCAACUCGUUGAAAGGAAUGGGCUACUCCACACAUGCGGCGAAGCAAAUUCUUCUCAGUAAUCCACAGAUGUGGUGGUUAAAUGAUUCAGAUCCUGAAACCAACAGCCCUCAGGAAAGUCCUUCCCAGGAAAAUAUUAAUCAACUGGUGUACAUGGGCUUUGAUCCUGUUGCUGCCGAAGCAGCGCUGAGAGUAUUUAGGGGAAAUGUCCAGCUGGCAGCUCAGACCCUUGCACACAAUGGUGGAAGUCUUCCUCCUGACCUGCAGCUCUCAGCAGAAGAUUCUUCAUCAACACCAUCCACAUCCCCUUCCAGUUCUGCAGGUACUUCUAGUGCCUCAACAGAUGAAGAUAUGGAGACAGAGGCAGUCAAUGAAAUAUUGGAAGAUAUUCCAGAACAUGAAGAAGAUUAUCUUGACUCAACUCUGGAAGAUGAAGAAAUUAUUAUUGCCGAGUACUUAUCUUAUGUAGAAAAUAUAAAGUCCUCAACAAAGAAAAACUAA